AUGUUCUACGCCGAGAACUAUGCCGGGUUCAAGAAGAUUCUGGAGCGCGUGAAGUACUACAACGAACAGGCCAAGGAGCGCUUCACCAAGAACUCCAACUACUUGCCAAUAGACUAUUUCGAGCCCUCCAAGCUGUUGGAGGCUUGCGCGGCCAAGGAAGGCACAAAGGUGUUCCCCGGCCAGACGCUGAUUGACGUGGUGCUGGCCGACUUCCGCAAGAAGAGUUCUGCUCCUGGCCCGUUUGCAAAGCUUUGA